AUGAAUAAUUUACAUAUAUCUAAAGAAGAUGAGAAAAAUAAUAAAACAUUAACAAAUAAAAUAAACUUACAUCCUGAAGAAAGUAUGUCUACAAAUUUUAAAAAUCAUAUAAAUGAAAUAAACAAUAAAAAUGAAACUGACAAUAAUUCAUCAUUAAUUGAAAAAAAUAAAGAAUUAAAAUUUGAAGAUAUUAAAGAUAAUUUUGUUUUUGAACAGAAUAAUAGUUUUAGAAAAAAUAAUUAUAAUGAUUAUUUAGAAAAUAAAGAAAAACCACUUAACACAAUUCAUCCAAAUAAUAUUUGUCAUGAUUUAAAAAACACUCCUUUAAAUAGGAGUGAUUUAAAUGAUAAAAAAUCUAUUAAUAUAACCAAUAAUUUGAAUAUAUUAUAUAAUGAAUCAUAUAGUAGUGUAAAUAGUAAUAAUAAACUUCAAAAUAAAAACGAUAUUGAUAUAAAAAACGUAGAAGAUAUUAAUGGUAGUUAUUUUAAGCAUGAUAGUUUAUCUUAUAGUAAUGAUAAAAAUAUAUUAAAUUACUCUAAUAAAAAUGAUGAAAUAAUAAUAACAAAAAAUAUAGAAAAACCAAAUGAAAGUGAUUCUUAUAAAGAUGAAGAACAUUUACAAAAAAAUCAAAGAGAUUAUUUAGAAAUAAAAUUAAAUAAUAAAUUAGAUGAUGCUUUUUUUACGCAUGAUUUUAAACAAGGAAAAAAUAUAACGAAAAAAAAUUAUUCAUUAGAUUUAAAUAUGAAAUAUGAUAAUACUAACUAUAAGAAUACAAGUUUAAAUAAUAAUAGUAAAAAUAUGUCAUUCUAUGAUUGCAAUUCUUUCUCUAAAUUAGAUGAUAAAAUUAAUAAUCAAUUUUUGAAAUGUGAUUUACAGGAAACACAAAAUUAUCAUAUAAAUAACGAAAAAAAAGUAAAAAGUCAUAAAAAUGUUGAAGAUUAUCAAAAUAUUCCAAGUAAAGAAGUAUAUAAGAAUACUAUGUCAAAUGAUAAUGUAAAUUUUGAAAAAAAUGAAAAUUUAUUAUUAAGUAAUUUAAAUGGAUUAAACAGAAAAAUAGAAGAAAUUAGUAACACGACUUUUAAUAAUAGUUUAAACAUUUCUAGCACUAUUAACAACGACAUUGAUAAAACAGAUAACAAUAAUAAUAAUUGUAGUAAUAUCGGUAAUAGUUAUAACAAUUUUGAUAACGAUAACAUUGAUAGUAAUAAUAGAAAUAAUGAUAAUAGUAAUAAUAACGGUUGCAUCAACAAUUUAGUAAUUAAUGAAAAUGAUAACUGUAAUAUGGAUUAUAAUUUUAAUGAAAAAACAAAUUUUAAAGAUAAAUAUAAAAUUUGCAACUCUAAUAUAUUAAAUGAUAGAAAAAAUUUAGAUAAGUUGAAUAUAAAAGAAAAUGAUGAAAAAAUGACAUCAUUAAGUUUAGAAAAAGAUAGUUAUAAUUAUUUUUAUGAUUCAAGUAAUAAUUCUUUAAAUACAGAAAUAAAUAAAUUUCGUUAUGAAAAAAAAAAUAAUAUUGUUGAUGAAAACAAAGAAAACAACAAGGAUAAAAAUAUUUUUAAUAAUGAUUAUAAAGGAAAUUCAAGAUUUAAUAGUUUACAUGAAUAUAAUAUAAAUAACUCUUUUAAAAAUAAACAAAUCUUUUCUAAUGAUUUUAACAAUUCAGAUAGUAAUAUACAAUAUAAUAAAAAAAAUAAUUACGAAGAGUUGAAUGGCAAUAAUUAUAGUAAUAAAAGUAUAAUAUCAGACGGUAGUAAAAAUAAUUCUGUUAUAGAAGGAAAUGGAAUUAAUAUAAUACCAUUGGAUAACAACUUGCUUAAUGAAAAUUAUAUAAAUAAAAACAAUAUUGAAGAAAAACUUUGUGAAAAUAAUACUUCUGAAGCAAAUAAGAAAGAGGAUAUAUUAAUAAGAAAAAAGGAAGAUAACUUUGAUAAAAAAUGUAUAAAAAAUAAUUCAAUGAAUAAUUUAACAUAUUAUAAUGAUGGAAAUAUUGAUAAUAAUAAGAUAGUUAACCAUGAAGAAAAUAGAGAAUAUGGAACAAAUGAAAAAGUUAACGAUAAAAAAAUAAAGGAACUAUCUAAUGAAAUAUAUAGUGAAGAAUUUAAAAAUAAUAAUACGUCUAAUGAAUGCAAUAUGAGGAAUACAAAUUUUAUAAAAUAUGUAAAUAUAGAAGAUAAAAAAAAUAUACUAAAUAUUUCACAAAAUAAGGAAAAUAACUCUUUUCAUUUAUAUGAAUUUAAGAAUAACUGUAUUAAUAGGGAUAAUGAACAGAAAGACAUAAAAGAUAAUAAUAAUAUAUUUUCAGAAUUUAGAAAAUCUUAUGAAUUAAAUAAUUUUAAAAAUAAUAUAAAUACCUCUGGUGAUAAAAAGAAUAUUGAUGAUAUAAAUAAAUAUACAUAUAUACAAAACUCUACAGAAUUUAAUCAAAAGGAAAAUAGUGAUAAAAAUAUAAGUAAAGAUUCUAAUAACAUAAUUUAUAAUUAUAAAAAUGAAUUGAAUUAUACUAAAUUCCAUCAUAAAAAGAUAAACCAUCCAAAUAAUAUAUAUGAAAUGGAAGAUAUGAAGAAUCAUACAUAUCAAAUCUCUCAUAAAAAUGUUUAUGAUAAUGAAAUUAAGAGGAGAAACACAGAAAAUUUACAUGAUAAUUGCAUAAAUAUAAAAUAUGAUAAAGAUUUAGAAGAAAUGAAUAAAAAUAAAUGCAAGUUAAAUUAUAAUAAAUUAAAUGAAACCAAUUUUUUAAAUUGUAAAAAGAAUAACGAGAAAAACUACUCAGAAUUUUAUAAAAAUUGCAAAGAUAGUGGAAAUUAUGAAGAUUAUAACUAUAUGAAUAAUUUAGAUAAACAUAUUUUCAAAAAUGACGUAUCUCAAGUUAAGACAAAUGAAUAUUAUGAUAAUGAAGGAAAAAUAAAAGAAAGAUAUAUGGAAGAGAAAAUGCAAAAAGAAGAAGAAAAUUUUGAUUAUUAUUAUGAAAAAACAUUAGAGUUUCUUAAUGAAGAAUUUUAUAGUAAUAACAUAGAUAAUUUGAAUGAUAGAGAUAUCCUUGAAAAAACUCCUUUUUUUAAGUUGGUUAAUUUUGAAAAAAAAUUAGCUUCUGAACGUAAAAGAGUUUUAAAUUAUUACAAUGAAGAUAAAAAACAAAUUUAUUCAAAUAACAUAAAUAAGGACAAACAAUUUUCGCACAUUUUCCAUAAUAAUGAAAAGUAUUAUGAUGCAAAAGAAAUACUGGCUUACCUACUUCCAUAUCAUACUUUUUAUUUAGACAAAAUUUGUAUAGAACCAUAUAAAGAAGAUGAAAAUAUUUCAAAAAAGUUAGAAAAUGAUAUUAAAAAAAUAGAAGAAGAAAUUUAUAAAAUUAAGGAUUCUUUUUAUACUUUUACAAAUCCAUCAAUAGCAUGGAGUUUUAACAAAAUGAUUAAUAGAAUAACUAAUCAACUUAAUAAAAAAAGAAGAAUAAAAUAA